AUGCUUUUUGGUAGAUUAAAGAUGGUCAAAGUCUCACUCAAAUUAAUGCCUGGUCCUCCUGAUGAGGACGAAGAGCGUCAGCGAGUGCUCUGUGCACCAUUUCGUCCUCGGGAACUGAAUCCAGAGGCUUUAGACGCAAAACAAGAGUUCUGGGAGCAUCUGAUUGCCUCCGGCUUGUUGGUGGAAAAGAAGGCCGUUUUCCCAUUAACUGAACCUUGGGACAUCCAAGAAUGGCCACAUUGCAAACCCAAGGUCUUGCCCGAAGUGUUCGAGCUAAUGAUACAAUCGGGAAAACUGGUGUCAAGUGCUGAAUAUCAAACCCUUUUACGUAAUACUCAUGCUCAAUUACGCAAAACUCAGUCUUGGCUGGGUUUUGUUUUGUCGCCUAUCAUUGUUCGAAGUAAAAUAGCCCUGAAAUGGGCGUGGGGGGGUCAAAACUCGGGAGAAUAUGUUCAUCCUGAAACACUUGAAAUACUGGCCAAAUCGGUUAAGAUCGAAAUUGGCGCCUCGCCAGAUCGGUUUUCGAUUGGAAAUUAUGAGUUCAUAACCAAAGCAAAUUGUAACAAAAUCCUGACAAACAUGAGCAUCCAACCAAGUACGCAAGAGCUCUGUUUACAAUUCUUGAUGGCCCACGGUGACAUGUCCCAAUUGGAACUAACAGAUCAUGAUUCAGUGGUCUAUAAAAUUGGUAGCGCUUCUAUCGAAGGAGAUGAGAAGGAAUUGGUGUCCUUAGAGCUCACCCUCAAGCAUGUGAAUCGACGAAUAAAAGAGCUUCAAGUUCGAAUGAGCCCGCUACAAGAUGAAGUCAAACAAUGGCUGAAGAACGGCCAGAGAACGGAGGCCAAAAUCUGCUUAAAACGAUUGCUCAUCAUUAAGGAGAAUGUAGCCACGAUGAAUGGCUAUCUUCUGCAACUAGAAAGUCUAAAAUCUACGUUAGAGUCAUCAUUGCUGAGCCAGAAUGUUGUGUCAGCGUUAAAGUUGGGAGCUCAAGCACUUUCAGAAUCACAGAAAUCAAAAUCCGUCCAAGAAAUCCAGGACUUGAUGAGUGAUCUGGACGACAUGACGCACUUGGAAGAUGAAAUCGCGGGUGUUUUGGCGGGAGGCGAUCCCGGUUUGAGUGACGCACAACUAGAUAAAGAGUUGGAGGCAUUAUGUAAAGAUGAAGAUGACCUUCUUGCUCAAUUGGCUGGCCUUCAGGUCAGUGACACCUCGUUAGACUUUCCGUGCCCAAACAGUGGUGAUUCUACGGCCAAAAAAGCAGCUCAGCCAGUGUCUUCUGAAUCGUAAUUUGUGAUUGUUUAUGACUCACUUGUCAUCAAAUAUCAAGUAUAACUCAAAUAAAUCUUCUUCUACUCUU